AUGGUGAAGUGUGAUGAGAUACAAGCAUAUUGUGAAAGGUAUUAUGACGCUCUGCAGAAUGGAAUUUAUCAAUCGGGGCCGGGUCUGUUUUUUGUCAAAUUGAAAAAUCAACAAAUUGUUGACUCAUUUAUGGAUGAUAGACUGAAGCACAACAUGGGUUUUAGACAACGGUCAUGUAAACGAAUGUUUGAAAAAAAUAAAUAUGAAAAUUGUCCCGGUCGAUAUCAAGUAUCAAACUUUUUAUCGAUAACCUUGCUCGAAAUCGACAAAAACCAAAUAUUGGAUACUGGAGUAAUUUAUCAAGCAUUUAGAGCACAAGGUCGAAUUAUAUCAGUUAAAGAGCAAGAAAAAUCAACAAAAUUUAUCGUUGAAUUCGACGAUUAUGAUACCGUGGAUAAAGAAGAUUAUGAUACCGUGGAUAAAGAAGAUUAUGAUACCGUGGAUAAAGAAGAUUAUGAUAGUGGAAGUAAAGAAAGUAGGCAAUUGGAAGCAGAAUUACAUUAUUUACGCCUUGGGUAA